AUGUCUUCGUCGUCGGGAGAUGAGAGUAGCGACCACCACGGGGAGGAGGAGGUGGUGGCCCAGGCGCCACCGGCAGAGGUGGAACAGGAGCAGCAGGAGCAGGAGGUGGAGGUGGAGGCCAAGAAGAUGGAUGAGAAAGAGGAAGAGGAAGAGGAGGAGGCCAAGAAGAAGAAGAUGGAGAAGAAGGCGAGCUCGAGCUCGAGCUCGAGCUUGCAUGGAGAAGAAGUAGAGGAGGCGGCGGCGACCCCGACGUCGCCGCGCAAGUCGCCCGCAGCGCGACGACCGCUGGGUCCAGCGGCGACGGCCACCGCCGAAGAUGACGACGCAGCCAAGGGGACCGACAAGAAGAAGAACAACAAGAAGGCCACCGCCGCCAAGAAGGAGAAGAAGGUGAAGGAAAAGAAGGAGAAGCCCGCGAAAAAGGAGAAGAAGAAGAAGGCCACAAAGAAGAAGGAGGAGGGCGAUGAAGAGGGUGGCGAGGCCACCACCAACAAGAAGAAGAAGAAGACCAACCGCUUCACGUCCUUCUUCCGCCGGAAGAAGAAGUCGACCGACGAGUCUGGCGAGACCACCAACAAGAAGAAGAAGAAGACCACCACCACCAAGAAGAAGGCGGAGGCGGACAAGGGCAAGGAGGAGGGCAAGGCCAAGAAGCCGGCCUCUGGCGCCUCGCCCGCAACACAGAAGAAAGCGGCGGCGGCGGGCAAGGAGGUGGAGAAGAAGCCGGCGGUGGUCGUGGCGGUGUCGGCGGGCGGGGACUGGAACGACGACCCGGUGUCGAGUGAUGACGACGACGGCGGCGCGGCGCCCAAGCUGAGCGGCUCGCACCCGGCCAAGCGCAUACCGGACCUCAACCGCGCGGGCGAGGUCGACGCCGAGGCGCAGACCAACCCCACCUCCAUGUUCCAGAAGAAGCCCGAGAUGGGCGCCCUCAUGGGCCGCAACAUCGCCCUCGAGCUACGGGCCAAGAAGGAGACGGGGCUGAUCGCGCUGAAGAAGGUGGAGGCGGACGAGGGCAAGAGGAAGCAGCAGCAGCAGCAGAGCGCCGAGUCAGCGGCCAUCACCGAGAAGGUGCAGCUGCGCAAGGUCGAGCGACCCAGCGCCGCCCCCAAGAAAGAGGCAUCCUCGGGUGGUGCGCCGUUCAGUGGCGUGACGCUGCGCAAGGUGUCGCAGGACCCAUCGCAGGCGCCCAAGGGCGGCAACGCGGCGACCGACUCGUCCGGCAAGAGCAGCCCGUUCCCCGUCACCCUCCGCAAGGCCGAGCAGAGCCCCAUCAGCGAAGCCGAGAGGAGACGCGACGGCCCUCUGCCUCGCGUGGUGGUGGGCAAGAGCGGCAGCGCGGCGGUCGUCCCCACGACCGCCCCCGCCCUGGCGAAGGAGGUGGACCAUGCGGCCGACGAGGACGACGAUCACAAGGAGAGCGGUGUGUCGGAGGCCGCGAGCAGCACCUCCGACGACGACAACGAAGAGGACGGAGAAGCGGCACCGUCGAGCGAGGAAGAGGAGAGCAGCUCUGAGGAGGAGGAGGAGGAAGAUGAAGAAGACAGCGACGAUGAUGAGGAGGAAGAGGAGAGUUCGAGCGAGGAGGAAGGGGAGGGCCGCGCAGCUCGCGGCAGCGAUGAAGAGGGUGAGUCCUCCGAGGAAGAGGGGGAGGGAGAAAGUUCGUCGAGCGAGGAGGAGAGCUCGGGUGACGAGACGGCGGAGAAGGCCGACCACGCUCCGCCGCAGAACGAGGAGGCGAAGGGCGGGGAGAAGGACGACUCGGAAGAAGAAGAAGAAGAAGAGGUAGAAACGGUUCAGCAUCCCCCGCCGCAGAUAGAGGAGGCAAGCAAGGGAGCCGCAGAAGAGGCGCGCAUCGCGGAGUCAGACUCAGAUCGUGAGGAAGAGGACAAGCAGCCUGCUGGGACCUCCUCGGAUGAUGACGAUGGCAGCUCCAGCAGCGACAGCGACGACAGCUCCGCUUGA